AUGCUUAUACCAACUAAACCUGCACCGCAUUUCAGAGGGAAAGCGGUUAUCGAUGGCGCUUUCCAGACUAUCGGUUUACAGGAUUAUUUAGGAAAAUAUGUGGUCUUGUUUUUCUAUCCCGCUGACUUCACAUUUGUGUGUCCAACUGAAAUCAUAGCGUUCAGUGAACGUAAUGAAGAAUUUGAGAAAAGAAAUUGUCAAGUAAUUGCUUGCUCAACAGAUUCUGAAUACUGUCAUCUGGCAUGGACAAAAAUGGAUCGUAAAGCAGGUGGACUAGGUCCUAUGAAAAUACCUAUUCUAGCUGACCCAACGAAAAUAAUUGCACGAUCAUAUGGUGUUCUUGACGACGUGGAGGGUAAUGCAUUUAGAGGACUAUUCAUAAUCGAUACGAAAGGUAUACUUCGUCAGAUAACAGUUAAUGAUCGUUCAGUGGGUAGAUCUGUUGAUGAAGUUAUCCGACUAUUGGAUGCAUUCCAGUUUGUUGAAAAGCAUGGAGAAGUAUGUCCAGCUAAUUGGAAAGCUGGCAAAAAGACAAUCAAACCAGAUCCAAGUGCCAGUAAAGAGUUUUUCUCUGAAGCAACAUAA